AUGAAUGACCCGUCGAUUUCAUGUCGGCAAUUGUUGCACGACGAAUUGGACUUUCUGAGAGCAAUGUACACAGAAGAGGAAGUGGAAGUUAAUGAAGCCCAAGAUCAUCUGGAAAGUGGGCAAGUGACGCAGCUGGUGCUGCAUCAGGAUGCCGAUGGUAUGAAAUAUGAAGUUGUUGUGCAGCUGAGCAAUGAAUAUCCAAUUUUCUUAAAGCCUUCCGUAUUCGUCCGAAGUUCGUCACUCAACUGUAACAAGCUGAACCAGAAAUUACGAGAUUUCGUUGAAAGCGAACCUCUCGGUGUGCCUCUUACACUGAGCAUAUUCCAAUGGAUCAAAGAACACAUUCCUCGCUAUGAGAAAUCAGUCACAAAGCAAGCAGUGGAUCGGAAAGACGAUGUAAGUGCAAAAAGCGGGAGUUGGGCUCGGUUUUGGAUUUAUUCGCAUCACAUUCGCAAUCCGGUAAAAAGACGAAAAAUUGAGGAUGCUGCAGUGAUGCAUAAUUUGAAUGGAUUUUUUUGUGCGGGUAAACCAGGCAUCAUUGUUGUCGAGGGACUGAGACAUGACUGUGAUGAAUUUUGGGCUAAAAUUCGUCCCCUCAAAUGGCAACGCAUUGUUCUUCGUCAUUCUGAAGAACUAAGCAAUCCAUCGUUCUUUCGCUUCACGAAAUUUCGUGAGCAUGUAAUCUCUCAUGCAAACUUUUCUACGGAAUUGAGAAAAAUGUUAAAAAAUGUAGGCUUGGAAUAUGGAUUUGAACUACUUCUAGAUCUAUAG